AUGGCUGAGUUUAAGUUCACCCUGGAGAAUGCCAUGAACUGGACCUUCGACUACAACCUCACCGACAGCGAAGGGAACUACUCCUACGACGAAUACCUGUGUCCUCAGGCGGAAGGCGGCUCCAGGCAGACCUUCCAGAGUGUCCUGGUGCCCUUGGUCCACCUGCUCAUCUUUCUGCUUGGAGGCCUGGGCAACCUCCUGGUGGUGGUCAUCCUGUGGCGCUACAGACGCUCCCGUACUUCCACGGAGCUCUUCCUUCUCCACUUUGCCCUGGCCAAUCUGCUGCUGCUGCUCACCUUCCCCUUUGGCGUGGUGGAGAGCCUGACGGGCUGGGUCUUCGGCCUCUUCCUCUGCAAGCUGCUGAGUGCCGCCAACCGGAUGAGCUUCUACGCCAGCAGCCUGCUGCUCGGCUGCAUCAGCGUGGACCGCUACCUGGCCGUGGUCUGCGCCCUGCAGACCUUCCAGAGGCAGCGCGGCCUCUCCAUCCACUUGGCCUGCCUGGCUCUCUGGCUGCUCUCCUUUCUGCUGGCCAUGCCUGACUUGCUGUUCACAGAGGUCUGGGUGCAAAGCCACAACCUGAGCAUCUGCCACUUCAGGGAGUAUGGCGCGCACGGCAUCAACUCCUGGCUGGCCCAACGCUUCCUCUACCACCUGGUGGGCUUCUUCCUGCCCUUGGGGCUCAUGUGCUAUUGCUACACAGCCAUCGUGAGGCUCCUCUGCCGGUCCCAGCGGCUGCAGCGGCAAAAGGCCGUGAAGGUGGCCAUUGCGGUCACGAGCGUCUUCCUGCUCUGCUGGACCCCUUACAAUGUGGUCAUUUUCUGGGACACCCUCGCCAAGAUGGAGGUCACAGGGAAGUCCUGCACGCUUGACCAGGGGCUGAGCAGUGCCGUUGUUGUGAGCGAGGUGCUUGCCUACAGCCACUGUUGCCUGAAUCCCAUCCUCUACGCCUUCGUGGGCAUCCGUUUCCGCCACGACUUUUGCCGAAUCCUGCACGAUGUGGGCUGUCUGAGUCAGGGGGCCCUGCAGGAGGUUCUGGGGCCCUGCAGAAUUGAGAGCAGCACCGAGACCAACGUCUCCAGUGUCCGGCACGGGGCCUCCUCCUACUCCGGAAACACCAUGUCUUCCAGCCUGCCCGAUCGGUUCCCUUCUCACAAGGAUCCAAGCGGCCAAGAGUGUCGGGAGGAAGGCUCGGACCCGGCUUGGGCCCAAAGCAGGGGCUGAGCCCCACAUACCUUCUCUAAUCGCUUAGAUGCUGUUUCCCAGGAAGCUACGGGAGGCUUGGCUGUUGCCCCCGGCCUUCGCUUGUCCUGGUUCGGAUUGCGCUGCUCACACACAGAUCAGGCUUCCUCGAGAGCAGGGCUGUGUCCUCAUUGCCUCCCUGCAGAACAUGUUGCAUAUUUGGCCCCAGGAGGCCCUUGCCAUGGUCAGUGCUGACAUCACAGUCAACCCAGGCGUCUUGGAGUCGAGGGGGGAAUCCCACCGCCUGGGCCCUGGCCCUUCCCCUGGCUGCUCUUUGCUUUCGGCUGCC